AUGCUCAUCCGAUUUGUGCCCAGGUCCUCUCGCAUCGCAAUCGCUUGCACCGGUAUUAAGCACUCAGUCAAUCUCCAAAGAGCAUGUCAUAAUUUGCAAGAGCUUGUAAGUAUUGCUCACGAAAAUUUGGUCCCUUUACGCCCCUCCUUCUUGCGUUACACUCAUUUAGGACCAUCGACUUCCUGUUUUGUCGGUGCUCGUGUCCGGUGGUUUUCGUCCACUGACGUCUCUGCAUCCAAUGAAUCUUUUGCAGUAGUAGCAGAUCAAGUGCAUGUGGAAAUUGAUUUGAUCAACAACGUAGUGGCGACUGCCGAUGUCAAGCGAGAACUCAUUCAAUUGCGUGAAAAAGCAGCCGACCCGAAGCUCUGGGACGAUGCUGCAAACGCAGCUUCAGUGGUACAGCGACUAGCUGCGUUGGAGUCACGGGAGAACCGAGCUUGCGAAUUGCAUCGCCAAUACUUAGACAUUAAAGAAACGUAUGUGUUGGCAGCGGAGGAGAACGAUGAGCCCAUGCUUCAAGACUGUAUGAGUGCUAUGACUUCAGUGCACGCAGAUGUGCAGCAGCUACGACUGGAACUGUUGCUCUCUCAUGAGAGUGACGCUUGCUCGUGUUUUCUGGAGAUUCAGGCGGGUGCUGGUGGUACCGACAGCUGCGACUGGACGGCGAUGUUAGCAAGAAUGUAUUCGCGCUGGGGCGAAGCGCGUGGUUUUCAAGUGCAUCACGUCGACGAGUCCGUAGGAGAUGAGGCGGGCUUUCGCUCUGUAGUGUUGCGGAUUGAAGGUGCGAACGCUUAUGGUUGGGCAAAGUGUGAGGCUGGUGUGCACCGCCUUGUACGCACCUCGCCGUUUGACAGCGCUAGAAGGAGGCAGACGUCGUUUUCUCAAGUUCGCGUGUAUCCUGUGGCUGAUGAAGGAAGCUCUCACAAAGAAGUCGACAUCUCACCCAAGGAUCUACGAAUCGACACGUUCCGUUCGUCGGGGCCUGGUGGUCAGCAUGUAAACACGACAGAUAGUGCUAUCCGAAUCACACACAUUCCGACGGGAAUUGUAGUGCAGAGUCAAUCAAAUCGAUCGCAGCAUCGCAAUAAAGCUGAAGCAUUGGCUAUGCUCCAAGCUAAGCUUUACCAGUGUAGAUUAGACGAAGAGAAGCGUGCAAGACAGCAAUUGGCUCAAGGACUUGGGGACAAUGCCUGGGGCAACCAGAUUCGGUCUUAUGUGCUUCACCCGUAUCAGCUAGUGAAGGAUCAUCGUACAAACUACGCAGAAGGCAACACCACCCAAGUGCUUGACGGUGCCAUUGACCACUUUAUUGAAAAGAUGCUUCUGUAUCAAGCCAGUUCCAGUACUUUAAAUGAGAAUUCUGGCAGAUAA